AGCCGGCGCCAAGAUGGCGGCGCUGACGAUCGCAGAGCGGCCGCGCCGGGGGCCGCGGGGCCCGAAGCUGAGCCUCCGCGGCUGAGCCCCUGAGGCGCCCUCGAGGCAGGCGCCCGGUCGCCGGGGCCCGGGACAUGGUGCGAUCCGUGCCGCGCCGCCGCCGCCGCCGCUGCCGCUGCUGCUGCUGAACUCGGGAGCCGCGCCGGGCUCGGACGUGGGAGCGGGAAGAUGUUUUCCGCGCUCAAGAAGCUGGUGGGGUCGGAGCAGGCUCCGGGCCGCGACAAGAACAUCCCGGCCGGGCUGCAGUCCAUGAACCAGGCGCUGCAGAGGCGCUUCGCCAAGGGGGUGCAGUACAACAUGAAGAUCGUGAUCCGAGGGGACAGGAACACGGGCAAGACGGCCCUGUGGCACCGGCUGCAGGGCAAGAAGUUCGUGGAGGAGUACAUCCCCACGCAGGAGAUCCAGGUCACCAGCAUCCACUGGAGCUACAAAACCACUGAUGAUAUCGUGAAAGUUGAAGUCUGGGAUGUAGUUGACAAAGGAAAAUGCAAGAAGCGAGGUGAUGCCUUGAAGAUGGACAAUGACCCCCAGGAGGCGGAGUCCGAGAUGGCCCUGGAUGCCGAGUUCCUGGACGUGUACAAGAACUGCAACGGGGUGGUCAUGAUGUUCGACAUCACCAAGCAGUGGACCUUCCACUACAUUCUCCGGGAGCUUCCCAAAGUGCCGAUGCACGUGCCUGUGUGCGUGCUGGGGAACUACCGCGACAUGGGCGAGCACCGCGUCAUCCUGCCCGACGACGUGCGAGACUUCAUCGACAACCUGGACAGGCCCCCAGGGUCUUCUUACUUCCGCUACGCUGAGUCCUCGAUGAAGAACAGCUUCGGUCUCAAGUACCUGCACAGGUUCUUCAAUAUCCCAUUCUUGCAGCUUCAGAGAGAGACGCUGCUGCGGCAGCUGGAGACGAACCAGCUGGACAUCGACGCCACGCUGGAGGAGUUGUCCGUGCAGCAGGAGACCGAGGACCAGAACUACGACAUCUUCCUCGAGAUGAUGGAGGCCCGCAGCCGUGGCCACGCGUCCCCGCUGGCCACCAACGGGCAGAGUCCGUCCUCGGGCUCCCCAUCUCCUGUGGUGCCUCUGAGCGCGGUGUCCACAGGGAGCUCCAGCCCCAGCACACCCCAGCCGGCUCCGCAGCCGCCCCUACAAGCCCCCUCAGCUUGUCCGGGGCCCCCCUGCCCCUCGGAGGCGCCGCCAGCCCCAGCACACCCCCUGGUCCCCGCCGCACCCCCACGGCGUAGCAUCAUCUCGCGGCUGUUCGGGACCUCGCCGGCGGCCGAGGUGGCCCCUUCACCCCCAGAGCCAGCCCCAGCUUCAGAGGCCCCGGCAAGAGUCCAGAACGUGGAGGACUUUGUUCCUGACGACAGUCUUGACCGCAGCUUCCUGGAGGACGUAGCCCCGCCAAAGGAUGAAAAGAAAGUUGGAGCCGAGGUCCCGCAGGACAGUGACAGUGAUGGGGAGGCCCCAGGAGGGAACCCAAUGGUGGCGGGUUUCCAGGACGACGUGGACCUUGAAGAUAAGCCGCCUAGUAGGCCCCUGCCACCCACGGGCCCCAUCCCCAGGGAGCACAUCACUCUGUCCAGCGAGGAGGAAGAAGAGGUGGCGGCAGGGCGCCACGAGGCCACCGUCCUGGCCCCCCAGAAGUGCUCUGAACCAGGGACCAAACGUUCCUCCACGAAGGCCUCGAGGCCACACCAGGACGCAGCUCCCAGGGCCACGGAGCCCCACUGGCCAGGCGGCACCAAGCCCCCCACCGAGGGCUCCUCUCCGGGGCUGGAGGAGGGGGAGGACAAGCAGGUGUCAUCAGAGAGCGACCCCGAGGGGCCUGUUGCCGCCCAGAUGCUGUCCUUCGUCGUGGACGACCCUGACUUUGAGAGUGACUCAGAUGCUCGGCACAGAGCAGGUGAGUUCCCGGUGCGAGAGGACCUCUCGGACGUGACCGACGAGGAAGCCGGCCCUGUCCAGCCGCCCCCGCCCCCCAAACCCCCCGCGCCCUCCUUCAGGCUGAAGAACGACUCGGAUCUCUUCGGGUUGGGGCUGGAGGACACGGGCCACAAGGAGAGCAGCGAGGAAGAUAAGGAGGUCAAGCCUCCCUCGAAGGAGAAGAAAAAGAAGAAGAAGAAGGGCAGAGAGGAGGAAGAGAAGGCCGCGAAGAAGAAGAGCAGGCGUAAGAAGAGCAGGGACCAGGCGGGGGACAAGGGCAGCGAGGGGCGGCGGCGGCGGGGCACAGAGAGGACUGCGGUCGACGAGCUGGAGGCCUUCCUGGGGGGCGGGGCCCCGGGCGGCCACCUCCGCGGGGGCGGCGAUUACGAGGAGCUCUAGGCCUGGCCGCCAGAGGCCGCAGGGCACUCCGCGUGUGCUGGGGGCGCUCGGCCUGCCCUGCGGGGAGGGGCAGCCGGCCCCCAGCGCUUCUCAGGGAUGGGACUGAGGCCGAGGAAUCCCGUGAGGCUGUUUGCAGGGGUGGGGCGCUGUGCCCGUCGCCUGCCCUGCCCGGCCCCUGCUUGCCCUCGGCCCGCCGCACGCACUCACCCAGGCCCGCUGCAUGCAGCGGCCUCCGCUUCGGCCUCGGGGCACCUGUGCGCAGAGGGCAGGCGGCGCUGUCGCCUCUCUGGGGGCAGCUCUUUCCAGGCACAGCGACCGGCUUUGCACCUGAACCCGAGCUCGGGCGUGCGCAGGCUGAGCGGGGAGGCCCUCAACACUCGUGUCCUUUCGUUGUCCUUCCACACCACUCGGACCAUAAAGCUCUCCUGUUUCA